GCGCUGGUUUCCGGAAGUGGCUGCUGCUGCGACAUGCUUGCGGAGCUGGGUUUAAUCGGGACCAUAGGCGAAGAUGAUGAGGUGCCGGUGGAGCCAGAGACUGACUCCGAAGACCAGGAGGAGGAGGGGCCCAUCGUGCUGGGCAGAAAGCAGAAAGCCUUGCAGAAGAACCGCAGUGCCGAUUUCAACCCUGACUUUGUUUUCACUGAGAAGGAGGGGAUGUACGAUGGCAGCUGGGCCAUGGCUGACGUCAUGAGCCAGCUCAAGAAGAAGAGGGCAGCCACGACAUUAGAUGAGAAGAUUGAGAAAGUUCGAAAGAAAAGGAAAACAGAGGAUAAAGAAGCCAAAUCUGGGAAAUUGGAGAAGGAGAAAGAAGCAAAGGAGGUCUCUGAACCAGAGGAGCAGGAAGACUUUGAAGGGAAAGAUGAGGAAGCCACAGAAGAUGAAGAAUCAGAGACUGACUACUCGUCAGCUGAUGAGAACGUCCUCACCAAAGCAGAUACACUCAGAGUAAAGGAGCAGAAGAAAAAGAGAGGACAGGAAGCAGGAGGAUUUUUUGAAGAUGCAUCUCAGUAUGAUGAAAACCUCUCAUUCCAGGACAUGAACCUUUCCCGCCCUCUUCUGAAGGCCAUCACAGCCAUGGGCUUCAAGGAGCCCACACCGAUCCAGAAGGCAUGCAUACCCGUGGGUCUGUUGGGGAAGGACAUCUGUGCCUGUGCAGCCACUGGGACAGGUAAAACUGCAGCUUUUGCCCUGCCCGUCUUGGAGCGUCUGAUCUACAAACCCCGUCAGGCCCCAGUGACCCGUGUGCUGGUGCUGGUUCCCACCCGGGAACUGGGCAUCCAGGUGCACUCCGUCACCAAGCAGCUGGCCCAGUUCUGCAGCAUCACCACCUGCCUGGCUGUGGGCGGCCUGGACGUGAAGUCUCAGGAAGCAGCUCUCCGGGCAGCGCCUGACAUCCUCAUCGCCACCCCGGGCCGGCUCAUCGAUCACCUCCACAACUGCCCUUCCUUCCACCUGAGCAGCAUCGAGGUGCUCAUCCUGGAUGAGGCUGACAGGAUGCUGGACGAGUACUUCGAGGAGCAGAUGAAGGAGAUCAUCCGAAUGUGUUCCCACCACCGCCAGACCAUGCUCUUCUCAGCCACGAUGACGGAUGAGGUGAAAGAUCUGGCUUCUGUCUCCUUGAAGAAUCCCGUCCGGAUAUUUGUGAACAGCAACACGGAUGUGGCCCCCUUCUUGCGGCAGGAGUUCAUCCGGAUCCGGCCAAACCGGGAAGGGGACCGGGAAGCCAUCGUGGCAGCUCUGUUGAUGAGAACCUUCACCGACCACGUGAUGCUGUUCACCCAGACCAAGAAGCAGGCCCACCGCAUGCACAUCCUCCUGGGGCUGAUGGGGCUGCAGGUGGGCGAGCUCCACGGCAACCUGUCACAGACGCAGCGGUUGGAGGCCCUCCGGCGCUUUAAGGAUGAACAGAUUGACAUCCUUGUGGCCACAGAUGUAGCAGCCCGUGGACUUGACAUCGAGGGGGUCAAAACGGUCAUCAACUUCACGAUGCCCAACACCAUCAAGCAUUAUGUCCACCGGGUGGGGCGAACAGCUCGUGCCGGCCGGGCCGGGCGCUCAGUCUCUCUGGUGGGAGAGGAGGAGCGGAAGAUGCUGAAGGAGAUCGUGAAGGCCGCCAAGGCCCCCGUGAAGGCCCGGACACCGCCCCAGGUUGCCAAGGCUCUGCAGGAGUCUGACUUGGCCGUAAGAGGAAAGAAGAAAAGGAAGAAGUUUAUGAAGGAUGUCAAGAAAAAGGGGGAGAUGACAGCAGACGAAAGGUCCCAGUUUGAAAUCCUCAAGGCACAGAUGUUUGCUGAGCGGCUGGCCAAGAGGAACCGUAGAGCCAAGCGGGCCCGAGCCAUGCCCGAGGAGGAGCCAGCGAGGGGCCCUGCAAAGAAGCAAAAGCAGGUGAAGAAAUCUGUAUUUGAUGAAGAACUCACCAACACAAGCAAGAAGGCCCUGAAACAGUAUCGAGCUGGCCCCUCCUUUGAAGAAAGAAAACAACUGGGCUUGCCUCACCAGAGACGAGGAGGAAACUUUAAAUCUAAAUCCAGGUACAAGAGGAGGAAGUAG